AUGGAUGCAGAGGGUUUCGGGGAGCUGCUGCAGCAGGCAGAGCAGCUGGCUGCAGAGACAGAAGCAGUGUCAGAGCUGCCGCAUGUUGAGAGGAACCUCCAGGAGAUCCAGCAAGCUGGGGAGAGGCUUCGGUCACGCACCCUGACUCGCACUUCGCAAGAUGCUGCAGACGUAAAGGCGUAAGGAACAUGCCUCAUUUAUCAAAGUGCCAUGACGCCACACAUUCAGAAAAUCCCUUUUGGUGCCACCAAAACCUUUACAGAUGGGAACACAUCAUACACAUAUUCCCUUGUCUUUUUUUAUGACUUAUAGUGCCAAAUCUGAUGUGUUUGUAAUCUCUCCUUUUCUAAGAGAGAUCUCUUUUAUGCGUCUCUGAAAAUCCAUAUAUUUAAGUGUUUGUGCUCUUUGUAUUUCAAAUGAUACUUUGGGAUAAAAUACCUAAGAUUUAUCUCAUUGAGUAAGUCAGUACCUCACUGCCAAUUCUGAACCGACUGUGUGGGGCUGACCUGAUAUGAUCUUUCAACAGAGGAGGGCAGUUUAAGUAGAGCCUCUUGAGCCCUCUAGUGUUCAUCAAGCAAAACUACAGUCUAUUGUUAGUCUCCCUCUUGCAUCAGUUUUUCAUCUAGUCAUUCUCCUGUCCUCUUUCUCUUCCUCUCAGGUCAAUCCUUCUUGGAUCAAGAGGUUUAGAUAUCUGCCACAUUUCCCAGAGGUUGGAAAGUCUAAGUGCUGCCACCACUUUUGAGCCCUUGGAGCCGGUCAAAGACACUGACAUACAGGUAUGAAUUAGACCAGUGGUUCUCAAGUCCAGUCCUCGAGGCCCACUGUCCUGCAUGAUUUCGAUGUUUCCCUGCUCCAACACACCUGAUUCAAAUGAUCAGCUCGUUAUCAAGCUCUGUAAUGGCUUAAUAACGAGCUAAUCAUUUGAAUCAGGUGUGUUGGAGCAGGGAAACAUCACUGAAUAUUCUUCGAUUCAUUUGUUUAUUUGAGCCAUGCAAAAACUGGUAUUUGUUGCAUCAAAUAUCAAAAAAAUGUAACCGAUGGGUCUUGAAGUAAAAAGAACACUCUUCAACUGAAACACACUUAUUGUCUUGUAGAAGGAUUGCUUUAACCAGAUACCACCCUAGAUUUAUCCGUUUAGAUCACUGGCAUAGAAAUGACAUCAACACUACCAGCCUUCUUGUUUUCCUAUCUUUGUGCGCUGUGGUUUGAAUGUCUGACACAUAUUAAAACUAUAAGAGCAUAUGUGUAGUUCAUUCAACAUUAAACUUCAUCACCUUUGUUAAUGAGCCCCAGGAUUACUCGUUGGUGAAACAAAAUUUCAGCAUUUUUAAUCAUUGUAUUGUCUGUCUGACAUAUUCAGAAUUUGGUGCAGCUGCUUUAAUGCUAUAGCGCUCCACCACCAGAGCAGGUGUAAACAAACACAGGUGAUUGAUGGCUUCUCAUGGAUUAGAAUUGUUUGGCAGUAUUCAGACCGAGAAAGUAGAGAUAAAACCGUAUGUAUGCCGUAUCUGACAUAUAACCGCUCAACCAGCACAGGCACAUGUAUGUUUAGCUGCAAGCAGGACAGGAGGCUGGUAGUGGUAGUGCUGCUCAUGUUUGCAGCAUUUGGCAAACUAAUUUAUUCACAGACUGUAAUUCCAUGUUCAGCCAUGUCUUAUCAAAUUUUGUCAGUUCAGACUGUUUCCUGAGUGCACCCUAUGACCAGUUGGUUAAUUUUGAAUUUAAGUUCAAUUGACAAGUAAAUGACUUCAGAACAUACCUGGUAAAAUCACACAUACUUUAUAGAUUUACUGUGGUCCUGAAGGCUUAAGGGUUACUUUAUCAAUAUCAAAUAAAUCUUCCUUGUAGUUCUGCAGAGGAGCUCUGCCAAACGGAGUCAGAAAAACUCCACACAUUCUUAUGAGCUACUUUGUAUUUUAUUACACUUAGUCACGCCAAGGAGGGAAUAGAGGUAGAUAUAUGAGCGUAUUCAAAAGGCAAAAGGAUGACUGGUGGAGAGUUUGAACUAUGGAGCAGGGCAGGGAAGAGAUUUAUCAGGGCUGUGGCAUUAUUGCAUUUCAGCAUUUCAAAGUUUCUGUAAUUGUGACUUCCAGGGAUGUGUUUGGCAGCUUGUGUUGAGGCUCCAGCUUCUCCCUGCUGAGUCUGAGCUGUCUGGAUGUUGAUGGGGCUGUAUGGUUGCUGUUGAGCAUAGACAGCUGUAUAGCAGGGAGUUAGACAAACCCGCAGUUACACAGUACAAUGUAAAGUAAGAGUAGUCCUUUUCUGUUGGAUUGGUUGACCAGUCCCUCAAGCUUGUUAAAGUUUGAAGCUUAAUUUGUAAAAUAGAAGUAGCCAAAAGGUUUUUGGCUUUUAUAAAUUUGUGGUUUUCAUAUUUAUAAAAGGAUAAAAGUGUCAAAUCUGUCACAAAAAUCCUCUAUGUAACAGUUCAACAUAGAUCUGAAUGCUGUCUGAGCCUCUUCUUUCACUGUUUGCUUUUCGUCCUCUAGUUCUGAAAAGUCGCUUAAUUUCCCAAAGCUCCAUCUGCCUCUCUCUCUUUCUCUCUCUUUCACUCUCUCUCUGUCUCCAUUCCUCUCUUCUAACCCAACAAAUUGUUUGUGUAUCUGUUCAUUCGUCUCACUCCAUCCCUGCUCUUUUUCUCCUUAUGUCUGACACCAGUUUAUCACUCUGUCUCACCUCUUCUUCAUCAUCUUCUCCAUACUUGUCUCGUCCCGCCUUUCUUGCUGUCUACUUUUCAUUCUUUUACAUUUACGUAUGUUUUUAUCUAUGCGUCUUUCAGUCCUCUUGAUCAGCCGGAUGUGUGCUAGCCUGGGUCAGUUUGACCGACUGACUGACCGACUGACUGAGCACUUAGCUUCUGGCAGUGCUUGGGCACAAACACACACACACACAUGCACUCUCUAGCUCUCUCUCCCUCUCUUCACUCCUUCUUUGCUCUUGCUCUCUUUCUUUUAUUGGUUUAUAAGAAACCAGUAAAUGACAAAGUUUCUUUUCAGACAGACUCUGUAAUGUAUCACAUGUUACUCACAAAACCACAGCCUCAUUUGUCCAAGAGAUUUCAGACAAGUAAUGAGUAUGUAGAGGAGGUCAGGUGAGGUUUCCACAAUGUGACGGCAUUAUCUUGAAAAGCUCAUGUAUUCAGUAAAGCUUGUGUGAAUGAGGAUUAACACAAAGAGUGACUGUGUAGAAAAAGAACUAGGUGGGCGUGAAGAACGACAGAGAACAUUUUUCAAGAGGCCAGAAUUAAAAAAUAUAGACUGACAGUAAGAUAAUAUCAAAUUUAUUGAGGACAAAAUGCUUGUUACUAUGGAUGCAGAUUUGUAGUAUUUCCCAUGAAUGAUCCUUAAAAAUGUCAAAGAACAAAUUUAAAAAGCAUCAGAUUAUUUCUUUCCUUACCAAAAAAUCAACCCUGAAUGCUUUCUUCCUCCUUUUUUCACAGAAGCAGAAUGAAUUAAACUGACAGUAUUGCAUAGCUACAGCACAAAAAGGAGCGCACAAAUUUUUUAUAUGCUGAAUGUCGACAUGCAGAGCAAGCUCAACCAACUAAAUGUCAGGGAUAUGAUUCUUAGAGAGAGAACUGAAAUUCAGGAUUUUUUGACCAGAAGAGGUGACCCAUCAUGUGAAUCAUGAGAACUGUUAGAAAUACAUGUUAAGAGGGGGGCAGUAAGCUGGUUAGUGAAAAGGGAAAAUCUCACAGACAGGCCUGAGGAUAGUAGGCUUUCGCUAUGUUAGCAUGAGCCAUCUGGACUUUCACAGUGUAACUAGAUAACUAGUUCAUCAACAGCUACCCCCCACCACUCACACAUAUGCUCCCCGGGAUCAUGUUACAUUGUUAGGUAAAGUGACUAGCAUGCUGGAAAACUGUGAUGUGUUAAAUAAGUCACCAUUUUUCAUUCUCUUGAAGUGCACUGAUGUGUAACUGAUAAGAUAUGUGAAACUGCUGAUGUCCAGUUUGGCUUAGAGGCCAGAGAGGAGCACAGCUGUGAAAUAGUCAAAGUAACUGUUUACAUGGGACAGUAUUUGUUUUAAAGGGUUAAUGGGAAGAUUUAUUCUGCUCUUCUGCUACCAAAUUAAGUUUCAUUUAAAUUUAAUGUGGUUUGGGCUGUUUAUUCUAAAUAAGGUGUUUACAUGGAGCAUUUUCAUUCCCCUCACACUUCCAAACUGGUUUUGAUCUGAAUAUUAUGGUCCAUGUCAAUGCAACUGCUGGUGAGACAUAUUAGCUGUUUAUGUAUUUACAACGCUGUGCAUUAACUUAAAAGUUACUAAAUGACGUCAACCGUCAUCUCAUAGCACAAUGAAUGACAUUAUUCCAGCUGUGUAACCUGCUGACAUCCAGCCUAGAUGUCAGCAGGGUCUAGAACUCAGUCAUUGAUAAAUUCACAAUCAGGAAAUCAGCGCAAAUUAACAGAAAUACUCAUUACGUCAAUUUUCUUUGUGUAUGCUAUUUUGAGUGAUCAGGUCUAGAGUAACAGAAAUCACUCUCUCUGUCUCUUUGAUUGAGUCUAGUUUCUGUUAAAGUAUGAACAAAAAUUUCUUCACUGCAUGGCCACAUUGAUAACUAUUUCUUCCAAUGACUAUCAUAAGUCUGCCUCAGUUGUUGGAUAGCUAAGCCCAUUUUUGAGCCCCUGUUUGCUGGAAAAUCACUGUGUCUCUCAAUCAUUUCAUCUCUUCGGUAUUGUAGUUGUGAACGAAAGCUGGUCUUGGUUAUGAUGGGUACACUUGCUCUACAGAUAAGAGGCCCAGUCACUUGUAACAAAUAUUGGCGCUUUAUUACAAGACCCUGAAAAGAGAACAGUUCCUCUAUAUUCAGAUGAAUGUCAAGGAGAAAAAACUCUGUCCUUAGCGGGUCAAUAUGGUUAGUUUAACGAUGCAGAUAUAUCCUUAGAAUAAUAACAGAGUUAAAGUAUCACAUCCUAGAUCUGCAUUUAGGUGAGGUUAGUAUUUCUACAAGAUCAUGUAACAAAGUGUGGCUCACAUGAAGUAAGAAAAGUGGUUUACAAGCUAAUAGUUGGAAUUUGGGGGAUUUUCUUUUAAAAUGAUGAUUAUACUCAAAAAGCUGUUUUUAAUUUCAAAUUGGGACUAAUUUAGAUUAUAAUCUUCUUAACUCUGUGUAUUUUGUUGACAAGGAGCCAAAAAAAAGUUAAUCAGGCUCGGGAGGCCUGCUCAGCCAGAAAUAACAAAACCACAGAGGGAGCUUGUUGUGAAUUCAGUUUGAAAGAGAACUGAGUCAAGUUGUGAUCAACACCGAGCUACAGUGCAGCCCACUCUCUCUCUCUCUCUUCCUACAGAUCUUCAUUUAGCUUCCUGCUGGGAGGAGAGCAGUCACUUUAACUCACCAAGUACACCGAGCAAGAUAGGUUAAUUGAUGCAAAAACUUUGCAAAAUAGCAGCAACACUCGCAGUGUAGGACAACAGACAACAUCAUCACUUCUUGCUCAAACAAGCUGUAUCACAAAUACACACUGUACCCUUCAUGCUUCGCUAAACUGGGAAGAAAUUGGUCCUGUAAUAAGAAUCAGAUAUCAGAGCCCAAAAUAAUUGGAAAUAAAAAAAAAACAGAAUAACAUUAUUUUGGUUGAAUUCUGUAUCAAAUAAUGAUUUAAAAGAACUAAUCUCUGAAAUCUGAGGUUACAGCAGAGGGGCACAAAACAAAAGCAAUCACUUGGUCCGUGUUUGUUAGUGUAUGUGUGUGUCUGUAUAUGAGUGUGUGCAUGUAUGUGUUUUGCAUGAGUGAGCUUGCUGUCUCCACAGUGUUUUAUGCACAACACACACACACACACACACACACACACACACACACACACACACAGAAAAAAUCCCAGCCUGAGUGAAAUGGUGUGUGAAAAAUGACGUGUGAAUGAUAUGCCUGUAUAUAGACAGCUGAACUUGUAUCAGUGAGGAUCUUACUAUAGAGGGCUGUAUGGACAAACACAGAGGGAAUUCGGGCUCUGCGGAUGUGGGGGUUGAUCUUAUAGUGCAGACUACAUGUAUAGUCAGCGGCAUCCUCACAAUACUGAAUUUUCCUCUUUUCAUUGAGGUGCCAUCCUUUCCUUUCAUUAGUGACCAAAUCCAGAUUUUACUGCAUGGAUGUAAAAACAGUCCAGCACUACGUUGCUCCUGCUCUGCUGAAGUUCAAACAUCUUCAGUCUUAUUCUCAGCUUUAUAGUCUAUAAAACUACAAUUAUCAUGGCACAUCAUUUCUCAUACCUCUGAGGAUGAGAAAUGAACGAUUUUAGUGUUAGUAUGCUUUCUGCACAGCAUUCUCUGCAGUCUUUCUGAGGUAAAUGUAUGAUGACUUUGAUUUGUCUCGCCACUUCCAUUUUCCUCAAGCAGAGAAAACUUCAUUAGUGCCGUUAUUAACAGUGUAAAUCAUGGUCGAUAGUUUCCUUACUUCAUGCAGGGCUUGAAUGUAACUUUUUCACUUGGUAGUGCUAGUCUUUCCAAAUUCUUCGGGUUAGGAGUGCCAACAAAAAUUUUCAGCACCCACCAAAAACUAAGUGGCAUUACUUCUUAAAGUGAGCUAAUUGUAUAUGAUAUUGUUGAUGAAUAUAGAUCAGCAUGUUACUUUCACACUAAAUUAGAUUUUAAAAAACACACUUGUCAUCAGCAAUCACAUGUCCCACAUCAACACCCCCAAAAAGGAUGUUAAGAAGCUGUUUCUCAUACACUCAUGGACAGGAUGGUGUCUCCAUCAAUGAUGCGGAGUUGCUGUGGCGAUACUUAAACUGCUGCUAUCUUGCAGGUGUUGUCUGCUAUAAUGCUAACGAUGUUUGUCUCUGCAUAGGUCUUGUCAAUCUUGUUGAGCUGAUGCCUUUCUUUUGAAUGAGAUGCAACAUGGGUUUAAGUUCACUAUAGGUAAGCGCUUCACUGGUGUAGACGCUCAAAUUUCACAUGCAGCUCUUCUAAUUGAGUGUGAUGGCCGGCAGCAUCCUUACCAAUGACCCCCAACAGAUUUAAGUGAUUUUGAACCCUUUUUCAUUUUGCGACAAAAUUGCCCCUCAUGUUUUUCACUCUCUCUCUUUCUGUGAGAUCAAACUUUCACUCUUAAAAAACAUGUAUUCUGUGGCAAAUGCAGUGUUACCUGCUGUGAACCGUCUUUGCUAAUGGAGCAUCCACAUUCACCACAACCCCAUCACCAUCUGCGGGGUUUUGAUUUUCUGUAAAGUUACUUAAGAAAUCCAUCAGCGCUCUCUUCAUCUUCUGUGUUCAGCUCUUCUUAUUUUGAGCUAAGUAGCUCCCUGUCACGGGACACUAAAGCGCAGGAAAAGAGAGGGAUGAAGGCUGAUGUUGAUCUGAUAUCAGUAUUGAAAGUUCAGACUGCUAAGCUGACGUUUGAUCGCUGAUCGAAGUUUUGGAUUGAACAUAACUGCAGUUGUUAGUGAUGCUUGCUAAGAGGCCCACACUGCUCUAAACUGAUGUAACAGCGCUUGGCCUCAUAAGAGGCUUUGCUAAUCAGGCAUGGGCCAGUGUGUGAGGGAAUGCUUUAUAGAGGAAUAAAUAAAUGGAGUUGCACCAAAACUGUUUGCACUUACAAUAAUGCUCCUGAAUAUGAUAUGCACAGGUUAAGUAAAUCAGGGGCAUAUGUGAUCAAAUUCAGCUGUUUCAACUCAUAACUGGUGUCAUUGUUGUCUCAUACACCAAGUAUGAUCAAGGCUACAAGCUUCGCUAAUAUUAGUAUUUACCAAAUCAAAAUGCUUUGUAAUAUUUGACAGACCUUUUGAAUUGGGGUCCAUAGCAGUUACUCUGAGCUGUUUGGAAUCAGGCAGGAGAGGCAACACUGUUACAAACACCUUAUUAAAAAUGUGCUUUUCAGUGAUUGGCCACAAGAAAUAAAAAUAAGUAUUUUGGCUGGUUUUGACGUGAUGCUACAUUAGCCUUACGUCUGCGAGGUUCAGCUGAACAAUGACACAAUUCAAGUUCAGUGUUUCCCCCCCAGGACGGAAAUCUAUCUGUGGUGGUGAGUGAUUGGGGGGUGGGGGGUUAAUGAAUCAACAGUGACAUCGCAGAUGAUAACUCGCGAAUGCUAAUACUUGGCGCACACUCUGCGGUGCACCGCAUGUAUGUAUACUGAUACAUAUGAGUCCAAGGUAGAACCACGUAAGAAAACACCUCAUUUUAAAGGUUUGGCGGCUCUUAUUUAGCCGUGGCGGUGCGCUCCAUUCAAUUGCAUACAGGAGGAACCCUGAAGUUACAAAGUAGCUAGUCUCAAUGUGUGGUUCAGUCUGGACUGUGCACCUCAAAUUGAGGGUGUUUUAGUUUACAGCGCUACUCUUGUAACAGGCAACUUUGAACCGGAUGCAUCCCUUACAAUUGCCUUCAGAUUUUCAUUUAAAACAUACUUGAUGAGUACAUGUUGAAAUACAUCAGGAUGCAUAUGGAACAACUGUUGUACAUGCUCAGCUGAAGAUUUCCAGUUAACAGAGUCACCCUUAAACUGAAACACCAGCUUCUACUUGGCAAAGUGUGACUAGUGUGUAGGCAUUUGUUUAGGCUUGUGGAGGGACAAUCAAACCGAUGUAACGACAGAGACGGCUGUGUGAUAGUGUGUGCUUUGGCACACAAAGUGACCUGAGGGACAAACCCAACAACAUAAUCUUAAAUGUGAAUCAAAUCAAAACAAAUAAGCAUCAGCUGGGAAAGUAUCCUAUGAAACUAAAACAAUCUAAGUGACAUCAAGAACUGUCAUGGCCUAAUUGUGCUGCGUUCAAUUUACCCCGGAAGUCAGAAGUCCAAGCUAAAAAUGACAUCACACCUGAGUUCCCGGCAUUUCAGUCAGAAGUCAGAAAAAAAGCAAAAUCGGAGGCAGAAACAAAAUGGCUACAUCUAUGGAAGUUAUUUUAGCGCCUGCCUCAUACUCGGAAAAGGAAAGGACUGAAAUAACUUUCGUAGAUGUGGCCAUCUUGUUUCCACCUCCUAUUUUGCUUUUUUCCGACUUGAUAACUGAAAUGCUGGGAACUCAGGUGUGAUGUCAUUUUCAGCUUGGACUUCUGACUUCCGGGGUAAAUUGAACGCAGCAUUAGUAUGAUAACUCUGCGUAUGGCACUGAUGUCAGUCUGACUGUAUUCAAAGACAUCACACUCAGUCAGUCGAACAGUCUCUAAAUAUGUCACGUAAUGGUUCUUGAAUUCAGUAGAUUUACUAUCUUUUGUUGCACCAAUUUAAAAAUGCACAAGUCCAAGUGGACAGGCAGGAGCGUACCAUCUUUCUGCUGUGAUUCUAAAGCAUUGUUUUCCUGCAUUGUCCUUGUCACUGUUGAUUGAACAGGAUGCUGUUCAGGCUUUUGUCAUUUAGAUUCAUUUAGUAUGAAUCUUGCUCACACAAUCUCACUUCUUUUUCACGACACAAAGACAUUCAUGAAUGAUUUCACAAGCAGGGAUUUAGACUGAAGUACAAAAGGUCACAACAUGAAUCUGAAACUGUUUUAUAAAAAGCACAUUUCUUUACAAAUCAAAUAUUCCAUACAGACUCACUCCACACUCAUGGCUACAGUUUACAUGUCUUGACACUCAGAUCCUUUUCUCUUCUCUGCAGUUUUGCAUUCAUGCUCAGUCUUUUCCGUGUAGGUUACUGUCAUGGAUGAAUUGUGGUGAAUUCGAUCUUCAACGCUUUAGGGUUAUUUGUUGUAAAUGCCCUUAAAUGAUGUGUUCAAUUCGAGGCUUAGAAAGGUGACAAAUGGGAAUAAAGAGAGGCGAUAAUCACGAGAGAGGAGGGGAGAAACGGGGACAGUAGAUAGAAAUCAAAUAGACAGCAGCAUGAAAGUAGGAGUGGAAGGUGGAGAGAGUAGUGCUGGUAGAAAAAUGGCGACUGGCUGCAAUUUUUUCUGUCUGUGUCCUCGUCUCACUUUUCACUGUUCCAUCUUUCUCUGCCAGCUCUCUCGCUCUCCUUCUCCUCAACCCUCACUCUUUUCCCACCGAGCUCUCCACUAUCAUUUAUUUUCUCUUUUUCUUUACCUUCUUUCCUCUCUGACUUUCAGCUUUUUUACGCCCUUUUCCCUUUUUUUUUCUUGAACCCGUUUACAUCGUUUCUUUCCAUCCCUCUCUCUCUUUGUCUGCCCUCCCCACCUCCUAACAUACACACGCACACACACACACACAUCCCUCGGCAGCGAUGGCAUGCGUUCAGCUGAUGCAUUUGGCGAAGCCCAGAGCAUCUGCUGAGAUAAACGAACACUUUCGACUUUGCUUCGCAGGAUGUGUGUGUGUGUAUGUGUGUGUGUGUUCUGCAUAGUCUCCUUGUGCUGUGUGCUCAUGCCUGUAACUGUGUCAGUAGCGAUCGAUAGCUGGCGUAUGCGCCGUCUCCAUGUUCUUAUGAAUGAAUAUGUGUAUCCAGCGUAGAUUUGGCUGCACGUGGGAGCAUGCAUUGUCAUCCUGUCUGUGCUGACCUGCACGUAUGAAAGCAGCUCUUCAGCAUCUGAGCGAAGUGCGCACCAUGUGCAGGGGACUACAUGUGGAGGUGUGUGUAUUAACACGCCUGCUUUGUGUGUGCUGCCUGUGAUAGUCACCCUGCAUAUAGGAAUGUCCCCCCACCCUUCUUUUCUUCCCACAUGUGCCUCCCAAAACCCUUCAUUAACUAAACAUGACCCUUAAGUGCAUGAUUAGCCUCAUUUCAAGACAGGAUGUCGGAAGCCAUCAACCGAGGGGAAAAAUCCAUUACUAUAAUUGCAUUGAGCUGAGGGAGGGGGUAGAGAGAGAGGGAGGGAAGAAAGGAAGGAUGCAUAGAUGGAUAAUAAAGGAAGAAAACGAGUGGGACUGAGGGAGGAGGCGGGCGGUCAGGAUGCUGGGAUGAAGUGAGGAGAGAGUGAGGAUAAGAGAGGGAGGGGGAGUCAGCUGAUGGUAGGGACUGAUAUUCUAUAUGAAUCCAUAGUUGUUUCUCGUGGAUCCCCCCUGUGUCUGAGCGCUCACUUGGUAUGUCCCUCCGACAAUAAAACCACCUCCAGUGAGUCUUGAUGUGGCACUUUUACUCGGUGCACCGGUUCAGCCACAUGAACCUCCGGCCUGCAUUCGAACUGGGGGGAAAAAGCUGCAAGCGGACCGCCAUGCCAGCUCAAAAGGGCACAGGGAACACGCCCCAGCAUGGCGGCCUCUGCCGCUGGCCUGGCACGGCCACACAGAGAGGGAUGGAGAGGCAGAGGAGCCAUGCAGGUUUCCAGGGCUGUCAAAGCCCAUGUACCUGGGCACAGACAAAAGACCAAAAAACUGCUCUCAUCCUUGUCGCAUCCUGUCUUCUCGUCUGCCUGUCUGCCUACCAGGCAAGCAGGCAGCCGCUCAGCAUGAGUGAGUAUUGCCUAUACACAUGGAUCUGCACCCACACACAUUCACUCAGACAGGCAUGUGCUUUGUCUGUCACUUUUUCUUUUUUUAGUCAGCGCUCUGUCUUUCUCACUCUCUUUUCUGCUUCUGCCGCCUUCUCUGCGGCUCUAAGAAGAGUUCAUGAUUGUAUAGAGUAAUUGUUAGCGUGAAACAUAAACUGUUUUAAUGUAUGAAUGCGUAUUUGUGUGUGUGUGUGUGUAUGCUGGCGUACUUUGCAUAUAGAUUUUUGCCAUACAGGAAGUGAAUGAGUGAAGGGUGGGGUUUCUCACACACACACUCGGGCAGUGGUCGGCUCAUUGUGUCAUGGCAAAUGAGGACAGAAAGCCCUCGUCUCUUCCCCCUCAUGAUGAGUACUGGCACAGAGAGCGAGGCUGCCCGUCUUUAUUUCCCCUUAAAGUGCUCUUUGACUGUGUCCUUAUGUAGCCUUUAGAUUCCUCGACACCAUGUAUCUACUACACCAAAUCUCCCAGCGGAUAAUCAGCACAAAGCCGGGGCGAAAAAAAAAAAACCCUGACUUUGUCUUUUUCCUAAACAUACUUAAAGACUACAUGAAGGUACGGACAGCGUGACUGUCGAAACGGAGGCUGCUAGAGAGCGGGCCUGUGCGCCAGCACAGAGAAAGAGCACAUACAUGUUUUUUAACAUGCGUUAGCAGAAAAUGCGCACACACUUAAGGAUUCAUUUUAAAGGAUUAGUUUGAUCAUGAGAAUAAUUUGGAUCAGAAAAGGUGCGUCUUUUGCGGCACUGGCACAUGUCAGUAGAUUUUCCAUAUCUGCACAUUCUACAGAAAUUGUAGACGUGUUGAAACUUAAGCUCAGACGCAUUUGAAACAAAGAAAUUAUUCAGCUUUUAUUUCUCGUUGACUGAAUUUAUAUAACAGGAUUGAAGUAAUUCUCUGUAUUUUUUCUCUAACCAUUGAAGAGUUGUUCGUAGCCGUUCUUGUAGAAGCUUCUGGGCUAUCUGGUCAGCAGGUUGUGGGUGUUCACAGUGGGUUGCAGAUCUCUGAGGAUACACAAUACUGGGGUGGGGCAACAGAAAACACAUCUCAACAUACACCUAUUGCAGGAUUGAUUUUUCACAGAUGUAAGUAUGCAUUCAGGCCCUGCUCAAAGUCUACUCUCUCUCCGUUAUCACGGUGCGUCAGUGAGGCUCUUUAAACGGAUACAUUUUCUCGCUUUAACGUCAUUUUUACCAUUUUCAAUGAACGCAAAGAAAAUUAACUGCGUUCAGUCAGCUUGAUGUACAGGGAACAGAGUGUCUGGAACUGAAAUAACCAUCAGCUAUUUCAACUGUUCGGUGCUAUUCAGAUUCACACAAAGGUCGGGACAUUGACAACAGUAUUUAAUUUUUUGUGUGUUCAGUUUUAUUUUCUGAUUUCUUCAAAGCUGGUUAACUUCUUGACUGUCUAACAAAUUUGUUAUCAAACCUGAUCACCGAUGGAAGUCUUACAGGAUUAAGUUAGCUGUCAGCAGAUGAGAUGACUAAGGUUGCCUAAUUCCAGACAGCUUUUUUUUUUUUUCCAUUUUUGAUUUGGAUGACAAGUAGCGACGUGCUUUUCCUGCACGUUUUAGAAGAACUCGUGACUGCCUCCUAUCUACAUGAGCAUGAGAAAGAUGCCUGGACAGAGUAUAUGUUCAGAGGAAACAGGACUUUGGUGUUUCAUAUAAUUUUGACGGAAAAUUUGCAGAAAACGGCAAUAAUUGCAUUUCACUGCACAGAGAGAGGUCACUGCCGUAGAAACAGUGGAAAACACCAGUCAUCGCAACUUGAUGCAUUUCCGAUAAACAUUGAAAAGUUGAUCACAUCGCUCUGUGAGGUUUUUAACGGUCAAAAGAAAAUGGCUCAAAAUUUGCCCCAUAACAGCCUCGACAUUUGUGUGCGUUGGAGUUCAUUCUUGAUGUUUGUCAGAGGCAUUGUCAUACAGAUUUUGCGAUUUCAUGUCCAAGUGUAGCGUAUUUGCAUCUUAGACAAAUGGGAGUUUUGGCCACAGCUGCCGGCUAACUUGUCAAUUUUCAUUUGGCACGCAAACUGUUUUAUCGGCAAAGUCGUUGGCGGUGCAAGGGCAGCUGGCAACAAGCAACAAACUGACAGCGAUGAAAAAUCUCUGCCUCCUGUCGUCCAUUUGAAGCAAAAAAACGCUGAGGCAACGACCCCUCUGAGUUUUACCGUUUGGCCUGAUGUGUCACUGUUGCUCUGCAUUUUUUUUUCAGAAAGAGCAGCAUCAAACCCCACCCAACCGUCAGUUUCUGGUAAAGUUAGUCUGAUUUCCCCUCUGUGUGUUCAGAGGAAUAACAAUAAGGCAGGAAUAAUCACCAAUGAAUGACUUCUCCAUUCCCCUGUUCUUUCUUUGUAGGUCCACCUCCUAACCUUCUGAUAUAAUACAGCUAGUCCUUUCUGUUCUCUCCUUUUAUCCAGUGCAGCUCUCCAGUGAGCAUUGACCUGAGCUCUCCUCCGGUUAGAGUCGUUAAAUUUAGGCCUAUUCUCUGCCUCUCCUGGGAGAAAGAGAGAAAGGGGGUGCAGGCAGUGGGGAAGCAAGGGAAUGAAAAACUGUCAGAGGGGUUAAUGGGAGGGGAAGGGAAGGGGGGAAAUUAAUUGAUUCAAGUAGCACACUGUAUUAAGCGUUUGAUUAGUUUCAGACCAAGUUGUACCUUGACGUUUGAACCUUCAUUAUGCCAGGUACUGUCUUGCCAUGUCAUCUCCAAACUAAACAGAAACCUUAAAUGAAUCCAGCACGAUUACAGCUCUUUCUUUUGUGAUUUGUCUCACAAACCUUGAACUGAGUCUUUGCCACUUGAAUCCGCUCUGAGGGUUUUGGAUGGUCUUUUUGUCUGUCCUCCACUGUGACCUGAAGGACUGCCGAUCACCUAAUUCUCAGACAUCUUCUGGAUUUAUGCCGAGCUGUGACCAAUUUCAGGUUUUUCUUUCUCACGGUUUCUGACUUUAACAAAAAGGAUCUUAUGAACUACACAGACAUCAUUUAAGAAUACUUUGAAGCUAGGGAUGUGAAAACACUCUCAACGAUUAGUGAUGACUCAUGAUGCUAGGCUCACAACAGGAUUUAUUUCCCCCCAGUUUUUCAAGCAGCCCAAUUCACAAUCAAGCCUUUAGAUUGUGACCUACAGAUGUUUUAGUGAUGCUUUUAUUUUGCCGUUUAGCCUCCUUACACUUAUGGUGCUUUCCACUUAAUCUCAGACGUCAGAAACUGUGAGAUGGCGCUUGGAUACGUCAUCCAGAAAAGCCCCCUGCGGUCAGUAAUUUGACUUGGAAGCACAGAGCAGUGCAAAUCCAAGAUGGCUGCUUCCCCAUUGUCAUAAAAAAAAAGAAAAGCUGGUGUAUAAUCAAAUUGGUCUUGUUUCCUGUAAUGAACUCAUUCACAAGGAUAAUAUCUUACAAGUCCUAUCUGCAGACAUGUUGUCAUGUUUCUUUCAAACACAAACUAUCACGUAAUGCGUUGUUACCGCCUUGUAUUAUUUCUCAGACAAACGAGACCAUAGUUUAUGUGCAAGGUUUACUAAGUUCUGAGGUAAGAAUUAUAGAUUCUCUUUACUGGUUCGUGUGCAUUUUUCACUCAUUUUUAACUUCAGCUACUGUCCUAACUUAAUCUGUCCCAUUGGGCUUGAUCAUAUUCAGAGUAUGUGUGCGGACUUAAAGUGCAUUUCGAUCCCUUUCAAAUGAGUACAAACUCAUUAUUGUCAUUUCCCACAUUGUCAAUACAACAAUUAAGCUAUUAUCUUUGAUGAUAUACGGUAUAUUGUGUGGAUCACACACCCCUAUUGCUCCUGAAAAUGCCUGGCUAAAUUCCAGACAACAAAAUUAAGUGUGCUUCGGUAAUUCUGUAUAAAAAUCCACAGACCUACGGCUAGUGUGUAUUUAACACUUACAUCCCUGUCACAUUUUUCUAAGUACACCUUCAGAUUUGCUUUUCUGUGGGUCACAACGGGCACACUAAACACACAUUUUUGUUUCCUGUAAGAAAAGACGUGGCGUUGAGUCUUUACAAAAGAUCUAGAUGCUAGGGCUGAACGAUUUUGGAAAAUAAUCUAAUUGCGAUUUUUUUCCCUCAAUAUUGCGAUUUAAUAUGCGAUUAUUUUUUCAAGGUUUCCUUUUUGUGUUUUUUUCAACAAACGAACAAUAAAUCAAUCUGUGUUAUAGUAAACAAUGUUAGAUUAAUUAUACAUAAAUUGUUCUUUCUGGCAAUUAUCAUUUCACACAGGCCCUCUCUGCUCACAAACUAUCGCGCACACACAUGCACGUGCCCUCAUAUGAAACUAGUCUAUGUACCAAUGUCGAGAUGUAAUUGGUGCCCAAAACACUGGAAUCGGGUUUAUUUAUGCAUCUGUGCUGCCAUCACGGUAUUGGACGUGUUUGCCGUCGUUAUACAGACGUGGUUUAAAGUUGAAGCUCUGGUCGCUGGUGUUUUAGCCAUUCAACUAUCAUACAUGGCUUUGUCGCGUUUUUUUUUAAAUGUUGAUAAAGGUUUGUAGUGUUACCUCCUGAUUUAGCAACAGUAGCACGACAGGUUCUAGACACGUUGCGCAGCAGCAUCUUUUUUAGCCAAGAUAAAUCCACACAACUGCCGUGCUGCAGUGUCAGCUUCUGUGGCAGAAUUAGCCCAUGGUGUGACAAAAUGCAGUGUUGACUUCUCUCUAUACCUGCUCUGCUUCACUCAGCUCUUUAUUAAGUUACGUGACCAGAUCACAUGACCAGGUCAAGAUCGCAGCCUUUGUGGUUAGAAAAUUGCGUUUUAUUAUACGGUGAUGAAUCGCAAAUGCAAUUAAUCGUUCAGCCCUACUAGACGCUACCAACCACAAAACCACCUGUGUUUCAAAUUAUGUUGGUUUUUUAAAAUUCACUUUCAUUGGAUAAGUUUGUGACCCGGUUUGGAAAUUGCUGCAAGGUUGGCUUUAUGGGAUUUAUUGUCUCAGUUCUGUUUGGUAUCAGCAUUGUUUCAUUCCUGUUCUCAAAGUUUGAGUUGGCUCAGAUUUGUCAGGAUGGAGAGAUGAAAUAAAAGAAGAGAGGAGAGCGAUCGCAGACAGGGGUUGAGAUUGGUAGCUUGAAAAGAAACUUAAUUAAACUUAAGUGUCCGAGCAAAGGUGAGAUGAGUGGGGCUAUGAGGGAGAAAAGAUGGAAGAGCAGGGAUUGCAAGCACACCCCUCCCUUUAAAGCCAAAUGAGCUCUUAUUGGCUAUGAAUCGUGUUUCCUCCAGUGCAGGUGCUUGUUCUUCAAGCUGAAAUGAUCAUACGUUCUUCAAAUGCAUAGACAGACGGUGCCAAAAUGUCAUCGGUGAAUUAACUGCUAUUAUCUGACAAAGAGAAUAACUUAACUCAGACUUGAGAGGCGGUUAUGUCAGCGGUAGAAGGCCUGUGGUUAUAUAAACCCUAAGAACACAGCCCAUCUCAGGGCUUUCUUGCAUAAUGAGCAGAGGCAGUUUUGUACUUUACGUCUGAGGAAUGUAAAUGUGCGCACAGCGGUUCUCAGCUGGUGAAUUGACCUCCAAGUUUGACGAAGCUGACAAAGCAUCUAAGCUGAACAUUAUAAUGAGAGCAAAAGCAGGAGAUCAUUCAUGGAUAAAUUCUCCUCUGUGUAUUCGGUUUUUCCUCUAAAUUUUGCAACAGUCACAGUAAAAAAGUGAAGAAAUGACCAAAGAAGAAAACCAACGGGAACUCCACCCUUCACUGUGCGCCCGUAAGUCGACAUGUUCUCUGAUAAAUAAGUUUAACUAAUAAGUAUAAGUAUAAUAAGUAUAAGUUUAACUUGAUGGUGCCUGAUAUGCAGUAGCCGGAUAGACCCUUUAACAAUCUUACACUUAACCUUAAAAUUAGAUUAGAUUAGAUUAGAUUAGACUUUAUUGAUUCUUUUGGGGAAAAAAACAGAAUGAUCAGAUAAGUAAGAAAUAAAAUAUAGAGAUAUAUAUAAAAACAAAGAUAAAAUAAAUUUUUAAAUUAAUUAAACAUUAUAAUAUAAAAAGUAAGAUGUAAAGCUAUGGAUAUUUGUAUACUACUAUUACUACAACAACUACAACUAUUAUGACCACUGCUACUUCCCAUCCUCUGUCCUCCUGUUUCCUCCUCCCCAGAGAGGAGUUGUACAGUCUGAUGACCACUGUCACUAGAAAGUCCAGCUCCUCGCAUCAGUUUUUCUAGCCUGAAUGUGUCCUUCUCGGAAUGUGUCCUUCUUGUGCCAACAGCCUUCUUAGGAAGUUGGUCCGUGUUUAAUGUGUCGAUAAAAGUGUCAUUUUGGGAUGAUUUUGUCAUGGUAUGUCACAAAAGCACAUGCUCUGCAAGUGAUUUAGAAAUAAGUUGAGGUGAAAGUCUGAUGAUUAAAUUACCCGACCUAUGUGCUCAUCACGUGUACCCGUAGUUUAUUUUUGUAAAAUAUGAACAGAUAUGUAUUUAUAAAAUAUCUUUGAAAAGCUGAUCAGAAAGAACAAGACGUUUGAGGUCCUCACCUCUGGCUCUACUGGUAUCAACCAGGGUGCAGCAAUAAAUUCCUGACCAAAAGCACCCUGUGGCAUCAGUUUGACGACAGAAAAGAUGACUGUGUCAGUACGGGUAAAGAGAUUAGACAGUGGUUUACUUUCAUCUUUGCCCUGACUCCUUUACAGCUUUCAGCUGUUUUCUGUUGGUGUUAAAAUGAUUUACAGGUAUCAUGAUGUUCCUACUAAGUUACUCAUCAUUUUCAUUACUUCUAUAAAAUGGUGGGUUACAUGGCAAAUUUUUUUCUGUGGCAGAAUCACAAUCUUGACUUAACACUUUUUCAUGACAUUUUGGAAACAGCUCCUCCAGUAAUUGAUCAGCCCAACAAACGGGUCCUCAAAGAAAUAGAAAUAGAUCACUAACGGAAAAAUAUCUUUUUAGACUUGUUCAAUCUGUGCGUGCAGUUUGGCAAACCUCUAUCAAGAAUAGUUGACAUUAGAGGUGUCCCGAUCUGAUAUUGAUAUUAGAUAUCGGUCUGAUAUCAGCAAAAAAAUAAACAUCAGAUUAUAUCACCUGCAUCUAAAAUCUCCAAUAUCAGCACGCCGAUACAAGCAGUCCAUUCCAGACUCUGCUUCUGUACCUCUAUCUAGCAGCAGCACCCGGAUCUAGCAUGAAGAGCCCUCAAAAUCACAACAACAAUGCGUACUAAAGUACUAACAAAGUAACACAGAAUAAGAGUGAUGUCGGCCGUGUGGCAGUAUUUUUCAUUAAAGUCCGAAAAAGACGUAGCACCUGAGUGCAAAACUCGUCAUGCACAAGUUUGUGCUAAUAUCGGAUCAAUAUCGAUAUUGGCCAAUACUGAAGGCUACAAUAUCGAUAUCGGAAAUAAAAAAAAAGUUUUAUCGGGACACCUUUAGUUGACAUAAAACAAGAAUGUUGACAUGGAAAACAUUUAAUGUAGACAAGUGGUAAAGGGGGGCAGAUAUCUCGCCUUUAAACGGCAGUAUGUGAGCACCGUUAGUGUCGGAGGCAGCGGUCAGUGUGGAACUGUUCAUUUUAAUAAUGAAUGUCUGAUACUGUAAGAUUUACAGUAAACUGAUUCAAAUGGUAAUUCAACGAUGUAACCAAAAAUGUAGAAGGUAGUCUAACUUUUAACAAAAAAAAAGAUACAAAUUUCAUCAAACAAGUCUCAAACGUGAAAACAUUUUCAACAUUUGUUAAAAACUCUUAUUGCACAGAGUGAACAGCAGCAGAUCCAUACCUGAUUGCACUCGUCUAAACCCCAAUGUUGGAGGAAAUCCCUGAUGUGGAGCCUCGUUUAGCAACAAGCUGCUCAGAGACGUCUUCUUCAUUACCCUCAGUUUUGUUUGUUAUUCUGACCUGUGUGGGCUACGGCUGCGAGUCCGUCGCCCGUGCUCACGUCAUCUACUUGCAUUUAUCGCGUUUAUCGUGAGAUGGCAAAUAUUUAUCAUGGAGAAUUUUUCAGACAGUAAAUCGUGAACAAUAAUUUAUCGCUCAGCCCUAUUGGAGUGUUUUCUUUAUUCUUUAUGUGCUCUGUGUAAAGCCGAGGAUUUACUCGAUUUGGCGCACAUGCCGUUUGUUCUGUCCAGCAAAGUGCGCAGUCAAGCACAUCAACAUGCGUCUGUUGUAUGAGCAAAGAAGUGCAGGAAGGAAAUGUGCUAAAAACUGUGAUUUCUCUGGAUUUGGAAACCAUGGCCAUGUUCCAGUCCCUCGUGGUACAAAAUCGUCUUGUCACACACUCUUGCCUGAUCAGUAUGAAUAAAGACAUGUCUGUUUUUUUAAUCCCUAUUCUGCUGUCUUUGCAGUUCUGAGCUGUUCUUGUACAUAUGCUAAAAUGAUACACAUGAAUCAUGAUGUUCCAACCGUGAAAGACAAGAUCUUUUUUCUUUUUCCAGUGAUGUCCAUGUCAUCAUUUACUGUCUUUUCUCAGAUGCGUGCCGACUUUUGAGUCCCUGCACACUCUCUUUGUUUCACAAGUACCACUUCACUGCUCGGUGUUUUCAGAGAGGAGCUCUAUUAACAGUUGACUUGGAUGUGAAUCAUUUCCAGCCACCUCAAGAAAGGCCUGAGGAGGGGAUGUAUGAAUGCACGGGCAGCCAUCUUGGUAUGCAAUCAAAAUGGAGGACGGCUGACUGCUGCUCUGUAGCGAAAUGGCGUCUAACAGGAAGAAGAUUCCUUUACAAUGUCUAUAUGUCUGUCAGAAAGCAGCCAAGCACACAACUAAACAUCGCAGUGCGAUGAACGUAUCAGGACAGGAUGAGAAGAGACAAAAACACAGACGAGUUUCAGAAGCAGCUUCUAUGUUUGAUUUGAUGAAUCUGUUCUCCUUUAACUCUGCAUUUUAAUCUCAGUCUCCAUGUUUUCCUUGAUGUUUGCAGCUAAUCGUUCUCUGUUUCUCUUUUCCUUCUGUCACUCGUCUUUUUCCCCUCCUCCUCCUCCUCCUCCUCCUCUUCUAUCUAUCUGUCUGUCUGUCUUCCCGUCUCUGCUUCAUCCACAGGGCUUCUUGAAGAACGAGAGGGACAACGCCCUGCUGUCAGCCAUCGAGGAGUCUCGCCGCAGGGUCAGUGUCUGACUGUCUGACUGUCUGAGAGAUCUAAAAUAAGGAAUACAUGUAGAAAACUUAAUCAUACAUUUUCAGGAUAACAGUGCACACGCAUCUUUAGACUUGAACAAGCCAUCGACCCCUAUGAUGUCAGUUUUUUUCUUUUUUUUUUUUUUGUUAUUUACUAUCAACAAGGGAAAAGGUUCGAGCGUAAGACCAUGAAGCUGUAAUUGAGUUUAUAGUUCCAGAGAAGUUUUCUCCGUGCUUUCGAUUCAGCUCCACAGUGUGUAUUAAAGCUCUUCAUAAUAUAGCAACACUUAGAGAACCGUUUUUGGUAAUUUCUGCUUGAUGUGAUCUGAAAGUCCUUCUGGUGUGAACCUUUAGGGACUUUUUUUUUUUUUAAAUGGCUUCCCUGAUGUGCACUGUUAAUAGGCCCUGCGUUUAAUUAGCUGCUGUUCCCAUUAUCUCCUUCCCUGCUCCCUGAGAGGGAAAAAAAAAAGACUUUGUGCAAGGGUGGAAAACUCAAAUGCACCGACGAUUAAAAAGAGAAAAGAUGUUAUAGAUGUUCUUGCAGAUUUCUAUCAGACUGCUCUACCUUUUUGCAGCACAUGAAAUGCGAGUCAUUUGGCUGUGAAAUGAGGCAUUCAGUCUGAGCUGUCCGGACUCCCAGCAAACCACUUGACACAAAUGAAAUCUCGUUUAUUUUUAGAGACUUCUUACAGUCACAAAUUCUGGAUUAUUGUGGCUGAGACCCGUAUCAGUGCAAGCUUUUACCGAAAUCUGAUCUGAUUUAAAGAACAUUGGAGUAUUUCCCGUCUCCUUCCUCCUUGAAUAUGUUCGCGGUCUCGCCAUGUGGUUUAAAUUACAUUGUGUCGAAGAUUGCUUCUUAAAACAGCCUGAAGAUGCACUGCAUUUUCUCAUUUCUUCUAUAGAUGCUCCCAGCAGCUUUACAUCGCAGGAACAUUAAAUGAAAAAGACUUAAUAUCUUGUCACAGGCAGCGACCACGUUAACCCGGUGAAUUUGAGCUUCAGUCUACAUUUGUAUCUCCCUGAGCUGGAAAUCAGAAGGAUUCAAUUAUCUCACGUUCCCAUUAUCUCACUUUGAGUCUCUGAGGAGAGUUAAAACUAGACUGCUCUGUGUCCUGGUGCAGCAGAACAAUCUUGCUGCUAUAUCUGGUGCAUGUUAUAUGCACGCAUUUGUCGGAGGUAAGCCUGAUUUAUAGGACAUACAUCUAUGCCUGUCUGUGUAAGGACGCUUUACACCUAAUCAGUGCCACUACUGAUGCUACUUAAACAGCAUGGUGAUUAAGUGAAAUAUCCACAGUCCCAGAUUUGAAACGCUCUGCCCUCUUUCAGACGUUCCUGCUGGCUGAAGAGUACCACCGUGAGUCCAUGCUGGUGCAGUGGGAGCAGGUGAAGCAGAGAGUGUUGCACACGCUGCUCGGAGCAGGGGAGGACGCACUGGACUUCAGUCAAGAUGUGGAGGUACAAUGAGUGUAAUAAAAGGCUGGUUUAGGACCUCUGUGGUUUGAAAAAAAGACAAUUAAAGAAUCAAAAAUCUAUACCAAGAGAAAGAGAGAGAGAGGAGCUUUGUAAACCACAGUAAUUAAAGCUGAAUUUCUACCUUUCUAACUAAAGAGUUAAUGUCUUACCCGACAGUCUCUGUAAGCUAACAAGAAGGUGAGUUUGUCAAAUAAAAGACCUAAUUGUUUUGACAAUAGUUUGCACGCUAUAAUUGUGGCUUAUGUAGAAAUUGGCAAUUUACCGUUUUAAUAGAAAUGAGUAAAUUCUCUGCAGAAGUCAUUAAGCAACAGUGUCGUUUCUUUUCCAAUUAAUUCAGCCACAUAAUCCUUGGACUGAUUAUGUCGGCCUAAAAGCAAGUCUCAAAUCUUUCAAAUUAAUUUUAUGACACUGCAGUCAAAGCUGUCUACCUGCUCAUCAAAACUAACCCUCUCAUCUGAGGCUCUUUGGUACUAUUUUAAUCUCCAUCCCGAGUGAAGACAGAUGUUGUCAUCCUGCCCGCCUUCCAGUAUGAUCAUGUCCCAGUAUGCACCUGAUAAAUGCAGUUUACUGAUCAAAAUCUUUGCUAUCCUUUAAAGCAUUUUUGUGUCUCUACACUACAAGCUGCGAAAUAAAAAGUAAAAGCCCCAAUGCAUGGACGCGUCUGACUUUGGUUCCCCAUAAAUAUAUAAAAAUUGAGGACAGACUGUUCUUCUUUUGGGGCUGAGAAGUCUUGAAUUGCAGGAUAUUGAUCGAAAAGAAAACCGAGAAUUGCUGAUGCUAAUAGAGGAUCUCACAUUAUACAACCAAUCACAGUAUGAAGGUACAUGAGCAGCUGAUGUUUCUGAUGCGUUUAGUUAUUGGUGAGUUAACUUCUGUACCUCUUUGUUAUUGCAGCCCAGCUUUGUGAGUGAAGUAACAGCUCCAGGGAGAAGCGCACUGGACAACGUGGAGGUGGCCUAUGGACAACAGGUGAGCUCUUAGUUCAUACUCUUGAAACAUCAGCCUGACUGUGAAUCCUGCUGCAGUCGGCUUUUGUCUUUUUAUUCAAACUUUUACCUCGACGAAGUCAGACAUGAAGUCGUAAACUCCAAAGAUGCCGUGUGUGCUUUUAUUUGCUCGUUUUUCCCAUGUGAAACACAAAGUGAACAUUUUUGAUAAGGACUCCUUACAGCUGCUCUGAAGUGGAACAUGUAGGCCUUAACAAGACAUCAGUGCAACUUUUACGCUUUCCUCCAGAGAUUUACAUUCACACAGAUUUAAGAUUUGUACUGGGGCGUGACAUUUAAAUUAAAGUGCACACUUCCUGUGUUAAGACUACAGUUCUGUUGCAGCGGUUGCUGGUUAGACUCCUAGUUAUGUCUUACCCUACUCCCUGCUCUCCACGUCCCCUGGUAUUCCCUUCAUUUUCUGUCUUCAGCAGUUUUAACCAAUACAGGCAAAAAGUCCUGAAAAAUACAAUAAAAGCAGAAUGCUUGGACUGAAUAGGACACUGAAAAUACAGACUUAUCAGUACUGAGUGAAUACGCUAUGUGUAGAGGACACUCCAUACCUUUAAUACCAAGAAGUUACCUCUGAGACUGUCAUAUAAUCAGAUUUUCAUCUUGAAAUACUGGUGGCUGAAAAGUUCACGAUUAUUGUGAUAUUCUUGGAGGAGUUCGUCGAAUUUGAAAAAAGAUAAAAGUGGAGCAACAAAUCAUUUCAGAAACUGUCCGGAUAAAUAAGAGAGAUUUCUUCGUUUCCUUUUUCUGGAUCCUCUUCUCCUUUUCAAAGAUGUCAUACAUCUGUUCGCUAAAUGUCAUAUUUCCUUUGGUGUGGUUGGAUAACUGAUCGGUGCUUAAUGAAUAAAUGAAUAGCGUCUCGCUUUGCCUUAACACACAUGACUAACUUAAAUAUUAUUAUUCAUUUCUCGUGGUUUACAAAGUUUUGUCUCACUUCUGUCAGGAAACCUCGAACUAAUCCUCUCGUGUUCUGUGUGUGAGUCUGCGUUAAGCAUUUUUUAGAAAAACUGACAAAGACAAGGACAUUUUUUAUGAUUUCUGCUGCAGCAAAGGUGAGCUAGCUCGCUGGUUACUAAGCUGUAUUAUUCUGCGGCUGCUGCCUAUCAACCAAUUAGUAUGAAAUGCUUAUUUUCUUUUUGCGCAGUAUCUUUUUUUAAAGACGAUUAUCACCAGUACCGGUCGAUUGGGACACCCUAGUUACCACACGAUGAUUAAGACUGAUACGUAUCAUCUAUCAGCUGAUCCCCUGAUGUUUGAGUCCUGCUCUGUUAGAGAUGAUGAGGAUUUUUAGAGUUUAGUUGUAGUGAAACAGAGUUCAGUCCAUCUGUUUGUGUCGCCCUCUCAGUUAAAAAGGGGUCACAGUGCGACAGGAAGGAGCAGAUCAAACAUAUUGAUCGAUUGGUGGUAGAGGGGGACUCUGGGUAAUUCUCUCUAACUCCCUCACUCUAUUCCUGUCUCUCUGCCAUCCCUCCAGCCUUAUUAUCCCGUUUGACCUUCUCUCUCUCUUUGUUUGUCUCUGAUCUGCAUCACAAAGCAGAGCAUUAAACGUGGAUUUUCCUGCGAACCAUGUGUCGACACAUUGCGUGUGGCGUGGUUUGCCUUGUGUUUUUCAUUCUCUUUGAUGACCUUUUAAACAUUUUGAUCCUUUUUUCCUUGUUUUUAAUCGUGAACCACUUCACUCGAUGGUCCUAGUGUUGGAUCUUACUUUUGGAGCUGUGGAUGAGGCAGAUUUUUCAAACAGCAACCUGCUUUUAUAAAAAUAAAAUAUGUGGAUUCAGCGCUUAGCUUUGUGGUGGACUUGAUCAACCAGAACCUUCUUUUUUUAAACCCUAUUUUCUCUCCCUUGAUCAUUAGAUUUACAUUUUCAACGAGAAGAUAGUGAACGGCCACAUUCAGCCUAAUCUUGGAGAUCUAUGUGCUUCUGUAGCAGACAGCCUGGAUGACAAGGUGAGAAAAAAAUUUGAUUCCUAUUAACUUUCUCUUCUUUCACCUUUAUUAAUAAUUUCUUUUACCUCUGUGAAAACUUAUAUUUUUAUAAAUAAAUGUCUUAAUCUGACUGUGACUGUUUCAUCCUCCCUUCCCUCCAGAACGUCUCAGAUAUGUGGGGGAUGGUGAAACAGAUGUCAGAUGUGUUGCUGGUUCCAGCCAAAGACACUCUUAAAAGUCGCACCUCAGUUGAAAUGCAGAUGGCUUUCGUACGGCAGGCGCUCAACUUCCUGGAGAACAGGUGACGGUGCUUGAUUUUAGGGGUGUGCAACUUUGAGUGACACCUAUGUUUGCCCAGACUUGAAGUUGGCCUUCAUCUUAAUAAUAAAACUGUGUGUUUGUGUCCUAGUUAUAAAAACUACACUAUGGUGACCGUGUUUGGAAACCUCCAUCAGGCUCAACUCGGAGGAGUUCCAGGAACGUACCAACUAGUGCGCAGCUUCCUCAACAUCAAACUACCAGGGCCUCUACCUGGCAUGCAGGUGACUGACACACACAUACAUAGACUUUGGGCCCCAUUUAAAUGAUCUACAUUGUAUUGUCCAAAGCAUCUGUCUUCGUGCCUGUUCAAGACAGGACCGUUACAACUCGCUGUCAGAAUAAGUGUCACAGCGGCAGCCGCCAAGUCAGAUGUGUCAGAGCGAGUGUCAAAGGUGUACCGCAGGCAGAAAUGUGUCACUGUGUCACUAUGUACACAAAGCUUGUAGUGUUGUACUCAUCACACUUUUUUGAUGUGAAAUCACAGCCUGGGACUCAAAUAUUACCGUGCGAAAGGAUAAAAACUGGCUGACUGAGGGUUGAAGAGGUACAGAAGGCUUAGAAAGUCAAGCAGGUGAGACAAGAGGUAGCAGUAAGUGUGUCCUCAGUGUCUCAUCAGCUUGUGUGUCAGAAAAUAAACAGAGUCUGAACAAAAGACUACAAGCUCUGCUCUUUGUCCCUGGGUGCUUAACACGCUGAGUGGAAGAACCUUUCUGCAGAAGGGCAACUUGCAAUCUGAAUAAUUCUCCCUCUAAAUAGCAGGAAGCCAGACCGAUUUUUUUCUAGGUCAGUGGCGCAGUCACUUUCUGCUGUCUCAAGCUGUGCCUGACCACACCUCAUUUUAGAGGCCAGAAGACCCCUGAGUGCACAGAGGGGUACAAAUAGAUUUGCUCCUGAAACAACAUGAGUGCGGGGCAUGAAAAAGACAACUGCAUCAGUCAGAUAUCAGCAGCGACACUUGUCUGUUAAAUGCUUUUUUAACCCACACUCUGUAAUCCUUCCCACUGUGAACACAUUUGCGCCUCUGGAGGUUUGUAUUUUAUUUCAAAGCGUGUUUGCCUCUUCCCGUUAAAACCCUGUCUUAGUCACUCAUCAAACAGAUUAUGUAACAGGCAUGAUAUGGCGCAAAGAUCAAAUGAAAUAUCUGGUGACAAACUUGAAACUGACAGACUGGAGUUGAAUGUCUUUCUGUGCAAUAGGACGGAGAGAUCGAGGGUCACCCUGUGUGGGCUGUGAUCUACUACUGUCUGCGAUGUGGAGACUUGAAUGCAGCCAUGCAAGUCGUGAACAGAGUGCAACAUCAGCUCGGAGACUUUAAGACCUGGUUUCAGGAGUACAUGAACAGCCCCGACAGACGGUGAGAACGCCUACUUGUCUUCGUCCCUGUGUUCGGCCGUCUCAAUAGGUCAAAGACGUUGUUUUCUAAUCUCCUCCUCGUCUCGUCAUCUGUUUUGUCUAUCGAUCCUUUCACUGCAGCCUCUCCCCGACCUCGGAGAACAAGCUUCGGCUCCACUACCGCAGAGUGCUUAGGAACAGCGCUGACCCUUACAAGAGAGCCGUUUACUGCCUGAUUGGAAAAUGUGACAUCAGUGAUAACCAUGGAGAGGUGGCCGACAAGACUGAAGACUACCUCUGGCUGAAGGUUCGCUGCACGUCUUUUGCAGUUUUUCCCAUUUGCUGAAUUUUCUAUUCAAGUUUUUUAGCACACUGGAAAAACAGAGGAUAGUCUGGUCACAGUCAGUAGGAUGGCAUUAUCUUCAAGAAAGAAGAUAACGCCAUCCUACUCAAACAAAGCAGCGGGCUAUGAAGUAUGUGAUGAUUAUUAGCAGAUAGGACUUAAAUGAAUUCACGCAGCAUGGGCCCAUUUUAUCCUCUGAGCCAUUCGGUAGAUAUUGAAGUGGAAAAGCCGGAGAGAGGGCUGUUGUUGGCAUUUCUUAUAAUAAUAAUAAUAAUAAUAAUGAUAAUGUCUACAGCAGGAAGGACUCAAGUGUCCACAUUUAUCAUGAACACGUGUCACCCAUUUGAUCACACAAAUGUUGCAUACUGCCAUCCACUGUAUCCUGCAGGUGUGCUCAGACACAGAGCAGUGUCACCAGCUGUUAUGCCUGCUGUGAUUAACUCUCUUCAAAAAAAAAUCAUCUUUGUCCUGCUUGUGACGUCCUGAGGUUGUUGUCGUGUCAUUAUUUUCACACUCAGUUUUGUUUGUGCAGUUGAAUCAGGUGAUUUUCGAUGAUGACGGCAGCAACUCUCCUCAGGACAGACUCACUCUGCCGCAGCUACAGAAACAGCUGCUGGAGGACUACGGUAAGCACAUUUUGUGUUAGCUCCAUAAAAUGACCACAAAUCUGAGAACCUAGUUUCUUAACUGUGUUGAUUCUCCCCCCAAGUGCCCCUUUUUCAAUCAACCGUUCCUCCUACUACAAAAUAUAAUGGAGGGGACAGAUGUCUGUUGUUUGCCUCUGUAGAACAGACUUGGCGCUGCAUAUUUUAUUGAAUGUAUUUUUUAAUUAUACUCUGACUGUAUCUUUAAAUUGUUUAAACCCUGAGGCUGGCUGAUUCUCAAUUAUAUUCUGAUACAACUAUUAGGGGUGGGAAUUGCUGGUGGCUCCAAUAGGAUAUUAUCACGUUACUUAGCCCACGAUAUGAUAUUAUCACGAUACUUGGACUACGAUACAAUAUUAUCACAAUACUUGGGCCACAAUACGAUAUUAUCACGAUACUUGGGCCACGAUAGGAUAUUAUCACGAUACUUGGGUCACAAUAGGAUAUUAUCACGAGAGGAUAUUGUCACGAUACUUGGGCCAUGAUACAAUAUAAUCACGAUACUUGGACUAUGAUAUGAUACUGUCACGAUACUUGGGCCACGAUAGGAUAUUAUCACGAAACGAUAUUGUCACGGUACUUGGGCCACGAUACGAUAUUAUCACGAUACUUGGACUAUGAUAUGAUUCUAUCACGAUACUUGGGUCACAAUAGGAUAUUAUCACGAGAGGAUAUUGUCACGAUACUUGGGCCAUGAUACAAUAUAAUCACAAUACUUGGGCCACUAUACGAUAUUAUUGCGAUUUUUAACAUUUUGCAACACAGUGAGUAAUGUGAUACAGUAUAUUGGGAUUUAUACAUUUAUUUCAACUGUUUAGCUAAUUUAGCAUUUGUCUUUCCUUUAUGUUUGUCUUAUUUACACAGUAUUUUAUUUUCAUGUAGCACAUCUUGCGAACCUUAUAUAUAUUUGUUGUAUUAACUUUCUCCUGCUCUAUGAUGUCGCCUCUGCCAACCUCACUGGACAAACUGUUGAUUUUAUUUUUCCAUUAUCAUAGAUUUGACUUUAUAUUAACAAUUAAUUUGAAAAAUCAAUACUUGGUAAGUUAGACGGUAUGAUACAUCACCAGACAAAAUAUCGCGAAACUAUGCUGUAUCCAUUUUUUUCUCCCACCCCUAACAGCUAUGAUAGCCCAAGAAAAGCUAAGAGCUCUAUACUGCUGACCCUGCAUGGGUGAAACAUGAUUUCUGGAGCUGUUUUACGCUCUGGUUACACCUUAUAUUCAGAAAAUGGAAACUUUGAAUCCCAUUAGACUUUCCUUUAUUAUCUAGUUUGGCAGUCCGUCUAAACCGAAGAGAAAACAUAUGUAUAUUUGUCUAACAACACGUAAAUGUACAGUAAUUAUGACUGGUAGGCUUUUUUUGCACUUCUUUUGUUUGUUUUGGAGCUGAAGAGACCCCUGCUGAAAAUUUGGCCCGCGGUAAAAAAAAAAACGCUAAAUUAAAAAACAAACCAGAAAAAAAAAACAGAAAACAAGCGAGCACCUGGACACAAGCUGGGCCCACUUUGACGACAGCUUGCCUCACAGCCCCUCUGGAUACAGUUUCUGCCAAAGUGGUGCGAAAACAGAGGUUCUCCAGUGUUAAACAAAACGGUUGAAUGUAGCUCUGACUGAUAUUACAGCGAUGCUCCAUGCAGGCUACAGUUAAGACCUGAUCAAGAGGAAUUCACAUCUGAUGCAGAGGGUUGAUGUUUCCUGAUGUUCAUAGAUUAUAGGAUGUCACUGAUGCAUGGGCUGGUGUUCCCUACACCACCUAAAGCAGCAUUUGAGCGAGAACCAAGAUAAGUGUUACCAUAAAAGGGCCUGCAAAGAGAGGAGAUAGAAACACAGUAUUGCGUCUGUAUUCAAUGACUCAGUGACUCUGAUGUCUUCACUUAAAGCAGCAGUUUGUCUUGAUUUUGUUCCCUCUAAGAAGAUCUAAUCUACAUCUAAUCUCUUUGCUGAUUUUGUCCUGUAGAUGUGUGUUAAUGAUAACAGAUGCCAUCCUGCUGGGUCCCAGUAAUAUCCCUCACUGAUGCCUUGAUGAGAUAAUGAUAGCCCACUAAAAUCAGAGAAAGUAGAGAAGUAUGCAUGCCAGGCCAGAAGCUGGCAGAGAUAUAACUUAGUAAUGAAACAGCACUAAAGAAAACCGUGUGUCUGCAUAUGAAGAUUUUCCACAGCAGACUAGUAAUAAUAGCUGUUUUGACAGGAUCCAGGUAUCGUCACUUUACAUGGCGACCAAUGGGCAAGUAUUUCCAAGAGACUCCUCACAGGAACCUGUUUUUAAGAUUUGCCAUUUCAGCCACCCAAAGCGCCAAGAUUCUUUGCUGGAGAAAAUGUUUGUUUGACACCCACCUGGUGACACCUGGAUCAGAUAAUAAUCCACUUACUGAUGGUCUCAUUUGCUAUCGUUGCCCUUAAAGAGGCGUCAGUAUCCUGAUUAGAAUCAUUCAGUUUUAUUACAAAUUUAAAAAAACACCUUUGAAGGCAAACUUGAAACUGUUAAUGCAUGGAGGCAUUGACAGUGUUUCAGAUAGUGUGUGGGGAGAAAAGUGAAGAAGGAGUUUUAUGAAGACUAAGAAAAGAACCAGAGACGGAGAAGAUCAAACUCAUUAUGUGUCUGAACUUUUGGCUCUCUGCCUGAACAUCUGAUUGAAGGACAUGACAAGGAAGGCCAGGAUCCAUCGGACAGACUUGAACUUUGAUUUUUUAUUUUUUUUUACUCGAGCUGUCCUCUUAAACAACCUCAUGCCCCUGAAACACAAAACCAGGAAUGUAAAAGCUUCAGGGCUUCACACCCACAGACUGCAAAAUCACAGUUUUCUCUCCCUGGUUGUAGCCUUCUCCAUGGGUCGAUCCUGCUCUCGUCAGAUAAGACCGCACUCUUUUCCUCCCUCUGUAGCCCUCACUCCCCCCCUCUCUUUCCCCUCAGUUGGAGGUACAGCCUGUAGCCUUGUUCUGUUUCCUCUUUGCUGCUCUGCUCCCUCGGUUGUCUGGCACAGUGUUCAUGUUGUCCUCCAUCUUGCUUCACAGCGGGUCGCAAAGCCCAGAGCCUCUCUUGGUUUCUCUCACAGACUGCCAGCGCUCGCCAGCGUCGUCUGUUCUGUUUUCUCCAUCCUUUCGAUGGCAGAGACUCUGUCCUCAUUUCAUCCCUCUCUCCUUACCCCUGCACUGUACUUUCCCCUGAUUUCCCUCCUCUUUUGCAUGUUUUCGUGCGCGUACACGUCUUUCUUCUCUUCUUGUUUGCAAACUCUGCCGCGGCCCCCCCUUCUCCUCCUCACACCCACACUCUUAUCUCUCCUCUUUCGUCCUUUUUCUUCUCUUCAUCGCUCUCUCUCUCUCUCUUGCUCUCUCUUCAUCUCUCGUGUGCUUUUGCUUUUUGAACUAAAGUGCUGUAAGUCUGAGAUAAGGCUAUAAAAUGGCUGACAUGGUCCACCCUGUUCUUCUGCUCAAACUUUCAGCCAGCCAGAGGAUUAAGGAUUAUAAUUAAAAAGUAAACUUGAUGACUAAGUACCUGCACUGGACAAAAUGUUUUCAAAUUCUUGAAUGUCAGUUGCCAUAGCAACUGUCAGAAGUGGAUGUUGCAUAGUAUAGACCUUGACUUUAAACGGUUGUUACUAUGAAACAAAAUAUGAAAUGAAUGAAACAUUUUCUUCUCAUAAGAUAUUUCUGUUCAGUGAUAACAUUCGAUAGGUUUCUUGUUGUCGUUGAUAUCUUUUAAUUUAAGGCUAGAACACCACACAGCAUUGAACCUAAGUACAAACUGUGCUUAAUCGGCUUUUUGGCACAGUGUUUUUUUUUUUUUUGCAAAUACUUCCAUACAACAGUGAAAUCACUUUUUAUUUUGAAGGUCUGAUUAGUGUCUGUGCCUGACGGCUGUUUUCAGCAUAAGAAUCUGGAAUCAAUCUAAUGCUCUGCGCUUGUUAGUGUCUCUGAAAUCUUUAUAGCAAAAUAAAAUCGCCAAAUUCUUCUAAACAAACCUCAGACAUUAAAACCCCAUGGCAGUGUCGGAUAUUCACUCAACAGACGAACUCACUUUCCUGCAGUAUGAAAAAAGUGUUGAAGUUUUGGAGAUUGUAAAUAAUUGAAGCUGGAGUUUGAUUGAAGUUGUGUUUGGUCAUUUCUACAGUUUCCCUAUUAUUUGAAAGAAAACAAGUGUUUACACAGGGUAGGGAGAGAAUUGCUCGUCAACUGUGCUUUCUCAUUUCAUGCACCAUGUGAAUCUAAAUUCCUGUCCUCCCCUCUUCAGUAGUUUUGUUGUGAGAGAGGGUCUAUUCCAAACACCCAGAUACCCCAAAGUGUGCUUAUUAAUUAACACCAUGGAACUGUUUUAGUGAGGGAAGAUAAUGAAAUAAUGAGGGGGAAAGCGGCAAAAAAGUGGCACCACCAACUUGGACUUGACUGGUGAUCAGAUGCUCGCAAGACGCGUUAGAUAGGAGUGGAUCUUUUUAUGCAACAGCAUGAGCUGUUACGUCUCCUCUGCAUGUUACAUGUGGGUUUGAGUUAGGGCUGGGUGAUAAACCGAAAAUUUACUGAUACUGAAAUUUACGACAAUAAUGGACUUGAUUUUGCCCAUAUCAGUAUAUUUGGUGUCAAAUAAGUACAUAAAUAAAAGUUGGUUUUGGAUGUGUGUAGGUAGGCUAUGGUCUCAUGUCCCUUAAAGACGCUCUCCUACGUCGGAGACGUGACUCCACUUUAUUAAGUCUGUAACAAAGAGGGAAAGACAGGUGAGGAGAUGGAGGAUGGUUCAAAAGUUGUAGCGGCUGGAGCGGCGGCUGAAGUAGACAAAGUUAAUGUGGGAGGGGGUGAGCAGCUUGUGGAGUAGUUAUCGUCCAUUUAUCGUUAUCGAGAUGAACUGCUCAAUAUAUCGUGAUAUUGAUUUGAGGCCAUAUCACCCAGCCCUAGUUUGAGUUAUCCAGAAAUAUGUCAAAACCUGAAGCACUGAUGGUAAAAAGGAAUAAAAAUUAAAAAAAAUCUGUUUUCAUCUAAACCAGCUCCCUUUCUCUCUCUCUCUCUCUCAUGUUUUCUCCCACAGGAGAGUCUCACUUUUCGGCGAGCCAGCAGCCAUUCCUGUAUUUCCAGGUGUUGUUCCUGACAGCUCAGUUUGAGGCAGCGGUGGCGUUCCUGUUUCGUGUCGAGAGACUUCGGAGUCAUGCCGUGCACGUGGCGUUAGUCCUCUAUGAGCUGCGUCUGUUGCUGAAGUCGUCUGGACAAAGUGCUCAGCUGUGUGCGUCUCAUCUCAUUUAUUUCAUUUAUUUUGGAGCAGGCAGAUAUUCAGGUGAAACUAAAGUGAUUCACUCUCCUCUGUAGUGAGUCAGGAGCCUGGAGACCCUCCCAUGGUGCGCCGCCUCAACUUCAUUCGUCUGCUCAUGCUGUACACUCGCAAGUUUGAGUCCACCGAUCCACGAGAAGCCCUGCAGUACUUCUACUUCUUACGGUAGGCAGAGUUUUGAGUGUAGCCUCUAUUGUUCCCAGAGUUUGAAAAGGAAGAGGAGAAAACACCUCAGAUGACAGCGUUGCUCCUUUCAGAUCAUAUUUUGAUUCUGUUUUUGUGCGCCAUUCUGCAGCAAUGAGAAAGACAGCCAAGGAGAAAACAUGUUCAUGCGCUGUGUCAGUGAACUGGUCAUCGAGAGCCGAGAGGUGAGUGACAAAGUUAAAACAACAGCCAGUCAUGUGGUGUGGUGUGGUGUGGUGUGGUGUGGUGUGGUGUGUUACAGAGAUGAAGGAGUGUUUAUGUGUGUAUGAGGUCUGCAGCUGUUUGUUUGUUUAUGUUUUAUGCAUUUACUGUCCCGUAGAGGCGAAUGUUUUACUCAACCAUAAAUUAAAAUCCUUUUGUAGGUAUUUGUAAUGAUGUCUGGGAUUUUGUCAGAUACUAGAAACCAAAAGCGAUGAUGACUCAUGAUCCUAACUCGGAGGCAUGUACUUUGAAGUAUUAAGCUUUUUUCUCUUCUUUUACACCCCUUCCUCAUGACUACAAAUUACAAAUACUUUAACUUACCUUCUAACGUGCAGAUCGAAAAGCUUGUAGGGACGCGGCUUUACUCUUGAGUUUGUAUCCCUCUACCAUCACAUCAUACUGAUCAUUUUGUCAGAUUUUUUUCGAUUUGGUUGACGUCUCUUUGAACUUUUUUCUUUUUCUGGUCCCCCGAACAAACUCAGAGUAAUGUUGAAGGAGUUGUUUGCUGAUCUUAAGUGCUGAUGUUCUUGCCACGGUGUCAACAGGCGGCAGUGAAAUGUUAUGACCUCUUUUUUUGGGGAUUGAUUUAAGUUAGGUACAGUUAAGAUGUGGAAGGACUAAAACGCCCUCAGCGUUUUGACCAAUCAGAAUCAAGUAUUUACACUUCUUGAUAAGAGCUUGGUUCGCGAAUAUUCGACCAAAACACAACAUAAGCUGUCUGUCACUUAUGUUGUGCCUUUAAUAAUUUUUCUUUGUGAGUAUAAUUCAAAAGUGAUCAGAGUGUUUUUUGUAAUUGUGAUUGUUUCAUUAUCUGUCUUUGGAACAAACACAAUAAAAAGGUGUAGACAUGUAACCAUUAGUUACUUCAGAAGCAGCUACCUGCUGAGUUUACGGAAACAGACUUUUGCUGCAGACAAACACUACUCUCUAAUAUUUAUUCCAGCUGGAGGGUUUUUUGUUUGUGUUUUUUUUUGACAGCUGUAGAUGUUUUGUGUAAAAAGAAAAAUAAUCUUAAAAAGUGUCAUAUUUGUUUGAGAGUAUGUGCCUUGGUUUGUGUUUAGCUGUAAAGCAGGUGUCUCUAUUGUCUCUGCCGUGUUUUCUGUAUGUCGGUGAUUUGAUAUUUUUGUCUUUGUUACAGUUCGACAUGCUGUUGGGGAGAUUAGAGAAAGACGGCAGCAGGAAGGUAAGAAGAUUGUGUCUUUGAUAUUUUUAACUCAUCUCUUCCGUGCCUCUGGUGUUUCUUUUUGCCUCUUUCUUUAUCUUCUGCUGCAUCAUAUUCUCUUUCUGUCUCUCCAUCGCUUUUUAUCUCGGCGCUGCGUGCGGGCGUUUCUGUCAGUCAGACAAGGACAGAAAUAUUCCCUUCCUUCAACAUGUCUCCUACAUGUUUUGAUGCUCUCUUCCACUGUCGAGUCAUCAAAAAGCUCUUUAUAAUGCCUCAUUGUCGCCUCUGCUUGUGGCGUUUGACUCCUUUAUUCCCCUUAAACUGACAUCGCUGUAGAUUUAAUACCACCCACACGGGAGACACGCUGCGUUGUCAGAGUCGUGUCUCUUGUUUUAAAUGCUGUCUGAUUGAAGUGAUGAUGGCACGUUGGAUGAGUACUGGAGUGUUGGUUUUCAGUGCUGUACAUACGCAGUCUUUUCAGAUAGAUUGCACAUUUAACGAUUUGAUUGUGAGCUUGUUUAAAACACUACAGAUGGCACUUUUGAUACUCCCUUCAAGCCAACUCCUACUUCCUUUAUCAGCACCUCUCAGACAAAGAGUAAACUGUACAUGAUUUCUGUCAUAUGCUGAGUUUAAGACCAAAUGGCCUUUGUUUUUUUUUCUUAUUUCUCAGUCUGUCUUAAUUAUGUUUCUUAUGGGUUAGAUCCAGAAAUGAGAUCCAGGAAAAGCAUCUUCUGGUAUACAGAGGAUUUUUAGAGGAAUAUUGAUGAGUGAGUUCUCUGAUCAGUGUCUCUGGGGAACUGGAUUGCAAGUCAAAGCAGACUUUUUAGAUCCCAGUCUCUGUAGAGAUUUUGAGUAUGAUUUUUAUUAUUUUUAUCACUCUGUGUCAUUCUUUUUAUUUCCAAAAAAGGCUGUCUCUUCAAAAAAAAAGAAAAAAGGGAAGUAUUUUUGUAAUAUGAUCUGAUAAGAGUGAUCAGAUACCAGCUCAAAUUCACAAGCAAAUUACACAGCCCUCAGGAUUUGUCUGAUUAUUAGCUGUAAAAUUCAAAGACGCCAUCACGAUGCAGUAACUUUAAAGUCAUUUAAGCAAAGAAGCGCUCAACUUUUGGAUACACAAGUAAAAUAUUGUAAUACUCUUAAAUGUAAUACAAAAAUAAAAUCUAGGUUAAAGGGCUUUUGGAUGUAAGACGCUACAGCUUGUGGCUACAGACUGACCUAGAGCUGUCACAAUGCCAGAACUCUGAACUUUGAUAUUAUAGUCGUCAAAAAUGAAAUGAGAUUAAUACCUGUGUCAAUGCCACGGCUGACAGACAGCAAGGCAAUAAGAGAUGAGAUAACAUAAGAUGUUCCUUUAAUCGUCACAUGGGGGGGAAUUCCAAAUUUACAGCAGCAUAGUAUAGGUACAAAAAGAGUAAAGUUAAAAGAUAAAGAAACUUUGAGUUAAAAAAAAGAUAUGUUCAUGCGUCAUAUUUACAUCUGUACAGAAUUUACAUAAUAAUAAUAUGAUUUAUUGCACAUUGAGGUGCAGUAAAGUUAUAAAAUAUCCAGUUAUAAAAGACAAACACAAAGCAGGAUGAUACAAAAUCCAUAUUUUAUCCAUAUUUUACAGUUCUGUGAAGCUUCCUGUCAACAGACAUGAACCUCUUUCUGAGAUACUUCAAGGCCCUAAAAAUGAGCGGUGUAAUAGCUGUGACGGUGGGGGAAGCAGAGACACACACAGCAGGCAGGAAGAGCAUCCAGAAUUCUGGACAAGCUUAGACUGAAGUGACUGGCAGCAGACUAGAGCAGUGGUUCUCAAGUCCUGCAUGUUUUGGAUGUUUCCCUGCUCCAACACACCUGAUUCAAAUUAUUAGCUCGUUAUUAAGCCAUUACAGAGCUUGAUAACGAGCUAAUCAUUUGAAUCAGGUGUGUUGGAGCAGGGAAACAUCCAAAACAUGCAGGACAGUGGGCCUCGAGGACUGGACCUGAGAACCACCGGACUAGAGCAUGCAUUAUCACUGUUUUAGAAACACUUUGAAGUUAUGGUUGUAAUGCAUUUGCAGAGGUUUGUUUAGUCUUUGUAAGAAAUGCUAAUUAUUUUACAACAUUCAUUCCAAGUGCAGCUAAUAUGUUUGUUUUGAUGUUUCAAUCUUCUGCCUAAGGUGGAUGUUGUGCUUUUUAUGUGAGUAGAUCAAAUGUCCAGAUUUGAGAUGUAUGUGCCUCGAGCAUUUGCUUUAAUUUGACAGUCAACAGCAGAGAUAUAAACAGGUAAAGAGAGAGGUGGUGAGAGGAAGUAACACUUAAUGAAAUCUAAAGUCAAAUAAGGAAACUACGUCCAGGGUCUUUUCAGGACGGAGCAUUGCUGUACCAUCAAAACUGCAGUGUUCUCACUCUGAUCUCCUCCUCCUACAGCCUGGAGUCAUAGAUAAGUUUGCCGGGGACACCAGAGCCAUCAUCAGUAAAGUGGCUCUGGAGGCAGAGAACAAGGGCUUGUUUGAGGAGGCGGUCAAACUGUAUGAGUUGGCAAAGGUGAGCAGAUUGUCCUCUGUAAUCUCUGCAUCCAUUUACUGCAGCACUGUAUUUCUGCAUAAUCAAUGUCCUUGGAGUCCUCUCACUGUCUCCGUGCCUGGGUCCUUUUUAUUCUGAGUGCAGAACCCCGAUAAGGUUUUGGAGCUGAUGAACAGGCUCCUGAGCCCGCUCAUCGCUCAGGUCAGCGCUCCGCAGUCCAACAAGGAGAGGCUAAAAAACACUGCAGUGGCUAUCGCUGAGAGGUGAGCACAUACUGUACACUCUUAAACUGAUUAUAGACCACAAAAUCACCGCUACACAAAAAGAUAUAAGAUAAGGUUUUCUAGCUUUCAUAUGUUGACAGUUUUUGGGCCACUCGCCAUUAUUGGCUACAGCCAUUCAACAUUUAUCAUAAACUUACACCUUUCGACCCUAAACUACCAGGUUGUCUGGAUGAAAAUUCCCAAAGAUAAUAAAUACUAACAUUCGGUUGGUUAAAUAUUUGAAGCACAGUCACACCAAGUUUGACUCCAAGGUUUAAAAAUUAAAAAUAAAGCCUUUGAAAUUAAAAACUAGUAAAAACCUUUUUGUUCUAUUCUGCAAUAUACAGUAUAUUAUUGCUAUAUGAAAAUACAGCAAUUAAUACUAGAUAAAUGCAGUUCUCAUCCUUGUACAUUAACUCCUUUUUUCGUAAAUUUAUGACCUUAAUGUUGUACAUUUACUGCUCUCGUUUUUUAAAAUUUUCCACUUUAAACUUGUAAAUUUACAAGUAGUUUUGUUCUUACAGUAUUACAACAUUAUACUUACAAUAUUAAAGCCAUUUUCUUAUACAUUUUUAAUUACUUAUUAUUUGGAUCCCCAUUAGCUACUACCUAAGUAGCAGCUACUCUUCCUGGGGUCCACAAGAAGACAGUAAACAUUCAUACACAUUACAAUGAUUAAAGUCCAAACAAGAAAAUUAUACAAGAUGAUCAUAACUAAAACAAGAUUAAUGAUGACAUUACAUCUGCAAUUACAAUAGACACCGAUUAAGGCCAAGAUAAAUCUACUAGUAAUCAAAAGAUAAUCUCAUUGGUAUGUAUUGUAUGUUGUCACAGCCUAGUCUAGAUGUUCUGUUUCCUUUUGCAACAGUAAAUAAAGUAACUUCAACAUGACAGUGUUACACAGAAGGUCAUCAAAAAACAAAAUGCAUGUGAUUUUUACAAUACUACUACAGGUGAAAACACUGAAAGGAAACACUCUGUCCUCCUGUUAGCAGUAUGUCUGUGUGCCCACAAAGUUCAUGAGCAGGAAUACUCUGUCCUAAAAUAGCCAAGUGUUUGUGGGGUAUCUGUGACAGCUCACGCAUCAUGUGUAAAUUUACAUGUGACUCAUAGAUAGAGGUGGAUAUUUAUGCAUGUGCUAAAUGAAGCGUCUAAAAGUGGAUUGUUCCCUCUUUCCUCUGCAGGUAUCGUUCUCAUGGGAUAGCUGGGGAGAAGUCAGUGGACAGCACUUUCUACCUGCUGUUAGAUCUGACGACGUUCUUUGACGAGUACCACGCAGGUCAUGUGGACCGAGCUUAUGACGUGAGUAAAGACCUGAUAAUGCUCGACACACUGAAGCGGGUGAAGUUAUGAUGCGAGUGUGGCUCUUUUCUCUCAGGUGAUGGAGCGUUUGAAGCUUCUUCCUCUCAGUCAGGACAGUGUGGAGGAGCGAGUGGCGGCUUUCAGGAACUUCAGCGAUGAGGUGAGAUCAAAAUCUGACUUCUCUCCACACUCAAAGGGAUUCUUUCUCUUUCUUUAGCGCGUCUAUUCUGAAAAUGUCCUGUGUGCACAGGUGCGUCACAACCUGUCUGAGGUUCUCCUGGCCACCAUGAACAUCCUGUUCACUCAGCACAAACGUCUGAAGGGGACGCCAGCAGGGACUCCAGGGCGACCACAGAGGACCAUAGAGGAGAGAGACAUGGUGAGGGCAAGGACUGUGUCAGAGCAAAGGAACAGUAGGCUGGUUUCAGCUUUGACUCCGUAGGGGGACGUCUCACAGGACGUCACAGAGACUACAUCCAUGUUUGAUAAAGUAUAUGGUCUCCUCAUACUGUAGCGUGAGUUGAAUUUCUAAAUGUUUUUGUCUUUUCUGAACAGCAACUCCGCAGCCAAGCCAGAGCCCUCAUCACCUUCGCUGGUAUGAUUCCCUACAACAUGGCCGGAGACACCAACGCCAGGCUGGUGCAGAUGGAACUACUGAUGAACUGA